CGGAGGUCGCGGGGCGGGGCCGGCGUCGGUGGCGACCGCCUGUGCCUCAGCCGUCGCCCUCGGCCCGCGUCAGCCCGCGUUCGCCUUCCCGGAGCUCGGGCGCGGCCGCGGACGCCGAGCAUGGCCCUGGGCGAGGAGCGGGCGGCGGGCGCGCCGGAGGACGGGGCGGAGGACGAGGUGCUGGCGCGCGGCAGCGCCCUCGAGGCGUUCGGCGAGAGCGCGGAGACCCGGGCGCUGCUCGGCCGCCUGCGGGAGGUGCUCGGCGACCGUGCGGCCCGGGAGGGCGCCCUGGAGCGGUUCCGAGUGAUAAUGGACAAAUACCAGGAGCAGCCUCAUCUGCUGGACCCGCACCUCGAAUGGAUGAUGAACUUGUUGUUGGAUAUAGUGCAAGAUAAGACAUCUCCAGCUGACCUCAUGCACCUGGCUUUUAAAUUUCUUUACAUCAUCACCAAGGUUCGAGGAUAUAAAACAUUUCUUCGUUUAUUUCCUCAUGAAGUAGCCAACGUACAGCCUGUUUUAGAUAUGUUUACAAAUCAGAAUCCCAGAGACCAUGAGACUUGGGAGACGCGCUACAUGCUGUUACUGUGGCUCUCUGUGACCUGCUUGAUCCCUUUUGAUUUUUCACGCCUGGAUGGGAACCUCCUUACGCAACCUGGACAGACGCGAAUGUCCAUAAUGGAUCGCAUUCUCCAAAUAGCAGAGGCCUACCUGGUUGUCAGUGACAAGGCCCGAGAUGCAGCCGCUGUCCUCGUGUCCAAGUUUGUCACACGGCCUGAUGUCAAGCAGAAGAAGAUGGCCGGCUUCCUGGACUGGAGCCUGCACACCUUGGCCCGCUCCUCCUUCCAGACCAUCGAGGGGGUCAUUGCCAUGGACGGGACGCUGCAGGCCCUGGCGCAAAUAUUUAAGCAUGGAAAGCGUGAGGACUGUUUACCCUACGCUGCCACCGUCCUCAAGUGCCUGGAGGGCUGCAACCUCCCCGACAGCAACCAGACCUUGCUCCGGAAACUUGGAGUGAAGCUCGUGCAGCGGCUGGGACUGACCUUCCUGAAGCCCAGGGUGGCAAAGUGGAGGUACCAGCGCGGCUGCCGCUCCCUGGCCGCCAACCUGCAGCCGCGCGCGCAGGGUCCGGAGGGGUCGCAGAUGCCCGCGGAGACUGCCGACUGCGAUAGCGACGGCGACUAUGACGUGCCCGAGGAUGUGGAGAGUGUGAUAGAGCAGCUGCUGGUUGGGCUGAAGGACCAGGACACGAUCGUGCGGUGGUCUGCGGCCAAAGGGAUUGGCAGGAUGGCUGCGAGGCUUCCCAGAGAGCUGGCGGAUGACGUGGUUGGGUCCGUGCUGGAUUGUUUCAGUUUUCAGGAGACGGACAAUGCCUGGCACGGUGGCUGUCUGGCGUUGGCGGAACUGGGCAGAAGAGGCCUGUUGCUCCCUUCUCGACUCGAGGAUGUUGUUCCCGUGAUCCUGAAGGCGCUGACCUAUGAGGAGAAGCGGGGCUCCUGCAGCGUGGGCACCAACGUUAGAGACGCCGCCUGCUAUGUGUGCUGGGCCUUUGCACGUGCCUACGAGCCCCGGGAGCUGCAGCCCUUCGUGGCCGCCAUUUCCAGCGCCCUGGUGAUUGCCACAGUGUUUGACCGAAACAUAAACUGCAGGAGAGCAGCCUCUGCCGCUUUCCAGGAGAAUGUGGGAAGACAGGGCACUUUCCCCCAUGGAAUCGACAUUUUGACCGCAGCGGACUACUUUGCUGUUGGCAACAGAGCUAACUGUUUCCUGGUUAUAAGGAUUUCCCACCUGUGGCGUUUUAUCUGAAUGAAUUGACUGCGGUGGGAUGGCUGGAUCUUUACGUUUUACAUUCCUUGGGCGAUGCCAUUCACCGUCCACGGAGGCUGCUCCACAGAGGUGCUCCCAGCGGUGUUUCUAGAUGCCUCUAGGUCCUUCCAACGAUGGCUGCACCCGCACCCCCAGGUUUGGCUGUCUGGUGGGUGGACGGAGGCUUCCUGUCUGUCUCCUCCUCCGAGGAGGAGGCUGGACGCCAGCUGUGUCCAUUUCCUUCUCUGUAAACUGAGGCUUUUCCUCUGAGGUGAUAGUGUUUUCUUACAGAUUUGGAACAAUUUUAUUUUAAAGAGGUUUCUUAUUAAUAGUGGUAACAGUUGCUGGUAUUUUUUCUGAGUUUGUUUUUAUCUUUUGACUUCACGAUGUGUUUUUCCUGGCAGACGUUUUUCUUUUUGGUCACGUGUUUGAAUGUACCGACUGAUCUUCCUUGAUGGCCUCUGAGUUUUGGCGAGAUCGGGUGCACUCAGGGUGGUAUGGCCGUACGGCCUCUGGGUUUUGAGUCGUAGGUAGAGUGCGCCUGUCCUACUUGGAGAUUUUUUUUCUUAAUCCUCCUACAGUAUUUUUACUAGAUGUGACUUCUAUUUUUAUUUAUCUUUAAAGAUUUACUUAUUUGACAGAGCGAGCGACCACGCAGCAGGGGGAGGGGCAGAGGGAGAGGGGGAAGCAGACGCCCCGCUGAGCAGGGAGCCUGAUGCGGGGCUCGGUCCCAGGACCCCGGGGUCACGACCUGAGCCGACACUUCAGCGACUGAGCCCCCCAGGCGCCCUGUACCUUUCAUCUCUGAGGCAGGAUUUACAUUCCAUCAGCUGUCCUUGAGUGAAGCGCACGGUUGAGCAAGAGCGGACACCUGGUGUCACCUGGUGUCAGCAAGGUCUCCCCUGGGUGACCGGCACCUGCAUGACACGCGGCGGCGAGCAGCCUCAGCCCGUCGCUGUGGACCGCUGGUGCCUUUUGUAGAACAUCUCGUGGUGGAAUCAGGAAGGAUGUACUCCUGCGUCCGGCUUCUCAGCUCAGCACGUUGUUCCGAGCGUUACGCCUGCAGCGUGUGCGCCCGGAGCUCGCUCCUGUCUGUUGCUGGUGGCUGGUGGCGUGCCACAGCGUCCCUCUGAGCUCACCCGUCCCAGACGGUCAGGCUGUUUGGAGGGUGUGGCUCGGAGGAGUACCCUGCUCUGAGCCGUACGUCUUCAUGUGGGUGCUUAGCUGUGGUUGUUUCUGGGUAAAUACUUCCAGGGGGACUUCUGUGUCCUUAACUUUAUAAGGAACUGCCAAACCGAAGGUGGCUGUACGCGCCACAGGCAUCGGCGGGAGUUCCUGCUCCUUC